ACGGAGGACUAGCCUCCGCCUCUGGCUAGCGCGGCCUCCCGGUUGCCAUAGCGAUCACUUCCUGGUCCACGUCGAGGGAGGCCCGAUGGCGGCCCCGGAGCCUUCGGCGGACCUAGAGGAGGCGAGCCUGCUGGCAUGGCUGUUCCGCGGGGCGACCUCGCCGCUGCCUCCGCCCCUGGCGGCGGGGGACGCGGAGCUGGCGACCUACCUGUCGGCGCUGGCGGGGCUGGGCCUGGAGGCCUUGCGGAGGGAACCCGGCCGGUUGGCGGAGGAACGAGCGCAGCUCGGGGCGCAGACGCGGGCCUUGGCCUUCGCCCACUACAAGACCUUCAUCCGCUCCGCCGAAUGCACCGCUGAGACGCGUCGCGGCUUCGGUGGCAUCGAGCAGGGCCUCGACCGCCUCUUGGGCCGCCUCCCACCCUUCGCCGAAGCCUGCCGGUGAGUAGGAGGAGUUGGAGGCCAAGGCUGUCGCCACACUCGCUUUGGGGGCAGGAAUAAUCCUGGAGUGCCCCAUCGUUAUCUUAUGGAACUCACUGCCAUUGGAAUGGGUGGGUUAGAGGGGGUGGGGACUUCCCCUUUUGCUUUUCCUGGCCCAACCUGCUUUCUUCUUCUUUUGCUCCUGCCUCCAGGAACUUCAUGCAGGAGGCUGAACAGAUCGCCCAGAACCGCCGUAUGAACAGCCUGACCCUGAACCUCCACACAGAGAUCCUGGAAGUGCUGGAGAUCCCCCAGCUGAUGGACACCUGCGUCCGCAACAGUUACUACGAGGAGGCCCUGGAGCUGGUGUCUUAUGUCCGCCGCCUGGAGAAGAAGCACGCCACCAUCCCUGUCAUCCAGGUGCAGACAUGUUCUGAGCCUGGCAGGUGCCAGAGCUGCCUUAAGCCAUACGGUGAUAGUAGGUCCCAACCAUUUGCUACUAGAGUUUCAGGACCUGAGCAAAAGCUUGGCGAAGAAAGGCAUCUCCAACCCUUUGCAUUUGUUUUCUCUGCCAUGGCUCACAGAGGCAGAGGUGGUGUGGCUUCUGUGCUGGUUUCCUAAGUUUGAUCCAGGUGAUACCCAAGGCCCACAAUCCUGGACCAUCAUGAGCUGUCAUGUUCUGUUUGUAGAAGCCAGAAUAUUUCUGGAUCUGAGGCUUCUUCUCUUGUUGCCUUUUUUCUUGACUAAGUGCUUAUGUUGCUUAUUGCAGCCAGGGUUUGUGCAUGUGCUGUAGGGAUCUAUUUCUUUGACUUUAAACAAGAGCAGGAUACAAGCCACUGAUCUCUUUAAGUGCAAUCUGUAAAGCAGGGAUAGAUAGAAGGUAGACCACACCCCAUCACUGACUUAACGACUCUUGGCUAAUGUCUAAUUUGCUAGUUGCAGGGAUUCUUGUACAGAAAGCUGAGAUGAGGCAGGCCCUGUUCUGAUCCAGUAAAGCCCUUCUUCCAUCUGCAAAGAAGAAUGCAUUGUUAAGGUCACAACACUUUCUUUAUUUACCAUGUUUAUAUCCCACUCUUCCUCCUAAAGGAACUCAGGAUGACAGCAAGUUAUGCCUCCUUAAAAGCUCCCAAAAGUACACAUCAUUAUAAAAUGCAGUUACCUCAUACCAGGUUUGACUGUGCACUAAGCCCAGUAUUGUCUACUCUGGCAGCCAGAGUGUAUCUACUAUAUCAAGCAGGUAUAUCUACCACUGACCUGUAGACCCUCUCCAUAAGUGAUUACAUGGAUGAUCCAUAAGGACUGUAGUGAAAAUAAAAUAGUUUGUGCAGUAUUGAGAUCAGCAUGGUUUGGGUACCAUGGGUAACAGAAGUUGAUUUUGUCUCUCUUCUCCCUCCCAGGGCAUAGUGGCAGAGGUGCGCCAGUCCACACAGCUCAUGCUUACGCAGCUGAUCCAGCAGCUUCGCACCAACAUUCAGCUCCCAGCCUGCUUGCGCAUCAUUGGCUACCUUCGCUGCAUGGAUGUCUUCACUGAGGCUGAGCUACGAAUUACUUUCCUGCAGGCACGGGACAUCUGGCUACGUUCUAUCCUUGCUGCUGUUCCUGGUGACGACCCCUAUGUGCAUAUUACCAAGACCAUUGAGGCCUGCCGCGUGCACCUCUUUGACAUUGUCACGCAGUACCGUGCCAUUUUUGCUGACGAGGAGCCGCUGGUGCCUCCCCCUGGGCAGGACACCCUCAAUGAAAGUGCCAUCUUCCAUGGGUGGGUCCUGCAGAAGGUCUCCCAGUUCCUGCUGGUGCUUGAGCGUGACUUGCAGCGUGGUGUGGGCAGCCGCCUGGACUCCCUGCUGGGCCAGUGCAUGUACUUUGGCCUCUCGUUCAGCCGUGUUGGAGCGGACUUCCGGGGCCUGCUCAUCCCCAUAUUUCAGCGGGUGGCACUGGUCACCUUCAAGAGAGCCAUGCAGGAAGCUGUGAACAAAUUCCAGGAGGAGAUGAACUCCUACACGCUAAUCUCUGUGCCGGCUGCCUUGGGCAGCAGCAGCAGCACCAUCCCUGUAGCAGUGGCUCCUUCUGCCCAGCCAGGCACCCUCCAGCCCCCCAUGGUGCUGCUAGAUUUCCCACCACUCGCCUGCUUCCUCAACAACAUCCUGGUAGCCUUCAACGACCUGCGCCUCUGCUGCCCUGUGGCUCUUGCCCCAGACGUGGCGGCUACCCUGGAGGAUGCACUUGGCCAGGUGGGGCUCUCUGUUGCUCAUGUGCACCAAGAGGCUGGAUUAAAAAUGGUCCAGAUGUCUAGGUGACAGGACAGAAAUUUGCUAGCAGCAGAGUUUUAGCUGCUUGCAGCCUUAUCUUUAGUUAUACUCCUUGGAGUUUGCUAGCCCUUUUCAGCAACUUGGCAGGUCAUGUUUGUGAGUUUAUGCUUGUUCCCUCUGAUGUUGCUGCUGUCUGUCUGUUCAGGGAUGGGCCUCUGGCUUAUUUCAAGAAGCCCUUUGCAAGCAACCAGUUCAGGCAUCUGACAACAGCAGUCAGUGCUUGCUUUGGGUGGGCUGGAAGAGAGAGAGGAGAGAGAGAAAGUGGUUGACCUCGCCUGUUUUGGCUACUGAACCUGCUCACCACUAGCUCUAACCUCACCCAUAGUCAGCAAAUGGCCCCUGCUGGAUUGCCUGCCAGGAGACUGUGGCACUUGAGAGAUCAAAGUUUCUUAGUCCCUGUUCUAUAAGGUAGUAUGUGACAUCUUGUCACUCAGCUUCUGGGUGUGCCCCAGACCGAUUAGCUGGGCUUUUAUUUUGACCAUUUGAUCAGGCUAGCAUGCUGAGUAGUAUUGCAGUCCCUUCCUUCCACUUGGACACCAAACCAAGAAAUUCUAGCUUCUCUUUUUCUCUUUGCAGGUGACAAAGGUCAUUCUGGUUUUCCACCGGGCAGAGGCUGUGGCCUUCAGCAGCCGAGAGCAAGAGCUGUUCAUUCACUUCUGCAUGGCAUUUCUGGAAGACUUGAUGCCCUACCUCAACCGUUGUCUGCAGCUCCUCUUCCCCCCAGCACAAAUUGCACAGACUUUGGGUAUGGCUGCUUGAAUAGUUUUGGUGGGGAAGGAGCUUGCAGCUGAGCCCUGGCCUGUGGUGGAUGAGUGGCUUCUGCUUGUGACUUUGUGAACAGCACAUUGGUGGGGUGGGGUUGCUUGGUGGUGGUCCUUGUAGGCUUGCAAGUCAUUGAAAUCUGUGCUCAACAGCUCAGGUUACUGCCAGGGGAAGGGAGAGAGAGAGAAUUGGCAGUAGUACAAGGAAUGUUCUCUAGCUUAGGGUUGAUGUAAGAUUUUAACUUCUCAUUUUAAUAUAUUUUCUUUUUUUACUGCUAGGUGUUCCCCCAACACAGCUGCACAAAUAUGGCGGUCUUGGCUGUGUGGAUGAGCAGCUGAUUCAGGAGCUCCUGGCCUCAGUCCUGCCAGAGAAAGAGACUGUCUCUCCCUUGUCUGAGGAGAAAAGGCUGACUGAAGAAAGCCUAGCACCUCCUCCAUUGGACUCGGAACUCCCUGAUGCCAGGCAGGAAGCAGAUCCCAGUGCCCCAGACCCUGUUCUGGAAACAGAAGAGAGCAGUGCAGCUUCUGGUGAUGCCUUGCUGCUGAGUGGUCCUCUAGAAUAGUUUCCACUGGAUUUUGCCUGUUUUCCGGGGUUCCAUGAUACUUGAACCUGACUGAGGAGAGACUCAUUCCUGCGAUGGGCAGGCACAGCUCUUGGUUUGGGGUUCUACUUCAGCACUUCAAGGACAGACUGAGUUGAGCUUUCAUUGCUCUGGUGGGAAGGAAGUUGGGUGUGGACACUGGGAGGAAGGAAUUUUGGUGAAGGUGGAUCAGGGUUUGAAUAAACUUGAUUGCUUGUUUGGUUCUCUGUGUUGUACCUCAGUAUGCUGUACUGUGAAGAGAGUGGGCCCCUGAAUCUUAUCUCCCAAAGCUAGUUGCUUUAGGUAUCAGUCAGUACCAGUUUUUUCUGGGCCUCCCCAUUCACCAAAAAUGCUCGUGUGUCAUCCUUAUCUUCCUCUCCUCUGGAAUUGCCUGAUGCCGUAAGCUGCAGAAUAAAAUGUGUCUCUGCCAGUUUUCCCUUGAUUUCUCAGACUAGGUAUGAAUUUCUUCUUUGGUAAGUCCAACUUGCUGAGUGUGGGAAUCCCACUGUUCUUACCAACUGCUUUGAGUUAUAGCUGUCCCUUCAGAAGAGGGUAAUUACAGGAAGAGGAAACCUGCUAGCC